UGAUUGGUCAGAGAGAGCCGUACCACGGCGGUAGCGGGGGAACGGGCCGUGGAGGGCGCGCGGUGAGCUAGGUGGUAGAGGGCAGCGUAUCUUAAGACCCCAGCUCCCUCCUACGCUACGUUGUGUCAGGCCGCCGGAAGGGAUGCAGUGGGUCGUGGGCCGGCGGUGGGCGUGGGCCGCGCUGCUCUUGGCUGCAGCUGCUGUGCUGGCCCAGGUGAUCUGGCUCUGGCUGGGUACGCGGAGCUUCGUCUUCCAGCACGAAGAGAUCGCGCAGCUGGCGCGGCAGUAUGCUGGGCUGGACCACGAGCUGGCCUUCUCUCGGCUGAUCGUGGAGCUGCGGCGGCUGCACCCAGGCCACGUGCUGCCGGACGAGGAGCUGCAGUGGGUGUUCGUGAACGCGGGUGGCUGGAUGGGCGCCAUGUGCCUUCUGCAUGCCUCGCUGUCCGAGUACGUGCUGCUCUUCGGCACCGCCCUGAGCUCUGGCGGCCACUCUGGGCGCUAUUGGGCUGAGAUCUCGGACACCAUCAUCUCUGGCACCUUCUACCAGUGGAGAGAGGGCACUACCAAAAGUGAGGUCUUCUAUCCAGGGCCAGUCUGGAAGCAGUCCUGGGAAUCCUGCCCUGGAUCGCCGCAAGGUGGCAGUGUACAUCCACUUUUGAGUUGAAAGUUGUAGUCAUUCUACAGCUGCUUUUUUUUCUGGGUUUCCAGGGUACCAUCUCCACCCUCCCCACCCACCCAGGAGUUUCUCAUCUCCAGUUUGCCUUCUCCAGGACCUGUCUCUUCUGUGAAGCAUCCUGGGGGUGGGGGUCGAACACACUAUCCAGUGGUACCUGAGGUAGGUGGGGCUGGAACUAGCAUGAGGCAAGAGAGGUGCCUCAGGUACACUCCUAGAGAUGCUGCACAUGCCCUCUUAAAUUUUGUGCCCUGGAUGCCUCACUUGCCUCACCCACUUCUUGGCCCUGCUCUGAGGUUGAGCAAGACUCAGGCCACUCUCACUUCUUAGGAUUUUUGGUAUGCUAAAAAUGGAAGGAACAUGUUUAUAAAAAUUGUGUAUUCUAAAAACUUAACAUUCUAGUGAACAAAAAUAGAAAAAACUACACAUAUAACCAUUUGGAAACAAAAGUCUAAAUUUGUGGCUCUGAAUGAAUGUGAGGCCCAGGUAAGAUGGCCUUCUUCACACCCUACCACCACCACCAUGUUGCCUGUGACAGGUCCUGGCUGGGGCCUCUCCAUGGAUCAUAGGUUGCAAAAUCAAGCCUCCAAGGAUUUCUUCUACCCAGCUCUGCCUCUAGGCUUAGCCCACAUCUAUCAGGGAUGCCCCUGCUCCCCUGUCAUCUCUUCCUCCCUUUCACAUAGGACUAGUCUCCUAGGCUCUUCCCUAUCUCUGUUGCUAAAUCCAGUGGUUAUUUCUUAAUUUUCACUUAACAGUCACUCUUAAAACGCUUGGUUUCCAUACACUACUGUCUUGUCUCCUUUGCUAGAUCUUUCUUACCUGUUCAAUCUCUGACUUCUCAGAACUUAAUCCUCAAACUUCUCUGUCUACACCCCUCCCAGAUGAUCUUAAUCGUUCCAAGACUCUAAAUACCAUUUAUAUGUUCUUUUCCCCCCAGUUUUAUUGAGAUAAAGUUGACAUAAUUAGUUUACAGUAUGCAUCAAUGAUAUAUGUAUAUAUUGUAAAAUGGUUACCACAGUAAGUUUAGUUAACAUCACCUCACAUAGUUACAAAUUCUUUUUUUCUCGUGAUAAGAACUUUCAAGAUCUACACUCGUAGCAACUUACGAAUAUACAAUAUGAUAUUUUAAAUACAGUCAUGCUGUACAUUUCAUCCUCAGGACUUAAUUUCUCUUAUAACUGGAAGUUUGUACCUUUUGACUACCUUCACCCAUAUCCCCCAACCCAAGCCUCUGGCAUCCACCAAUCUGUUCUCUUGUUUCUGUGAGUAUGUUUUUUUAGAUUCCACAUAUAGUGAGAACAUAGAAUA